GACUCUCGUGUCAUCCAACACUACUGGGUUGUUCAGGAGAAGAAGCUCAAUAGAACAACAGACAACUGAACAUGGCGUGGGACGGAGGAUUCGAGCCCAAUGGCACAGAGGGCAAGAACUUCUACAUCCCCAUGUCCAACAGGACUGGGAUUGUCAGAAGUCCUUUUGAAUAUCCCCAGUAUUACAUGGUGGACCCGAUGAUGUACAAGCUUCUAGCUUUCUACAUGUUUUUCCUGAUCUGCACCGGAACUCCCAUCAACGGCCUGACGUUGUUCGUCACGGCUCAGAACAAGAAACUCCGGCAACCUCUCAACUACAUCCUGGUCAACCUGGCCGUGGCCGGACUCAUCAUGUGCGCCUUCGGAUUCACCAUCACCAUCACUUCUGCUUUCAAUGGCUACUUCGUCCUCGGAGCCACUUUCUGCGCUAUUGAAGGAUUCAUGGCCACACUUGGAGGCGAAGUUGCUCUCUGGUCCCUGGUCGUCCUGGCUGUUGAGAGAUACAUUGUCGUCUGCAAACCCAUGGGCAGCUUCAAGUUCUCUGGAACUCACGCAGCAGUUGGAGUCGCUUUCACCUGGGUCAUGGCUUUUGCAUGUGCUGGUCCCCCACUCUUUGGCUGGUCCAGGUACCUUCCUGAAGGCAUUCAGUGCUCCUGCGGACCGGACUACUACACCCUGGCCCCAGGCUUCAACAACGAAUCCUAUGUCAUCUACAUGUUUGUUGUCCACUUCUUCAUUCCUGUCUUUGUCAUUUUCUUCACUUAUGGAAGCCUCGUGCUGACAGUCAAAGCUGCUGCAGCCCAGCAGCAGGAGUCCGAGUCAACCCAGAAGGCCGAGAGGGAAGUGACACGCAUGUGCGUCCUGAUGGUCUUUGGCUUCCUGGUAGCUUGGACACCAUAUGCCACUUUCGCUGGAUGGAUCUUCUUGAACAAGGGAGCUGCCUUCACCGCCCUGACUGCAUCCAUCCCUGCCUUCUUUGCAAAGAGCUCAGCUCUCUAUAAUCCUGUUAUCUACGUGCUGUUUAACAAACAGUUCCGUAACUGCAUGCUGAGCGCUAUUGGAAUGGGCGGCAUGGUGGAGGAUGAGAGCUCAGUUUCUGCCAGCAAAACAGAAGUGUCCUCUGUCUCUUAAACACAGAGACAUUUUCAGUAACAUGGACAUUUUCCUUUCUAAUGUCUCUUCAAAAUGGAAUAAUACUAAUUGUGGACUGAGUGAGAUUCAGGGACGUCGGAACUACUUGACCAGUGACGAAUGGCUCCAGGAACAAACUCAUGAACUGCAAUUUUCACCUUUUAUUUGAAGGAUGUUGGAAAUCAAUGUGAAUUCAAAAUCAAUGCAAAUAAUGGUAACAUCUGUGAACACGCGUAUAUGGAUGCUCAUUUUGACCCUCCCUUCCGUCCGGGGAACAGGAAUCUCUCAGCUGUUGAUCUAUUUGGCACAUUUGAAUUUACAUAAAACACCCAACAUCAUGUUUCAUUAUAUUUCUUGUUUUCAUACAUCAGUGGGAACACAUUUUGUACUGUAUUUUCAAAACAAGCAACUAUAUACCAUGUAAAAUUCUAUUUUUGUCGCUGAGUUGGUCAUCAUGAAUUGUAAACAUUGUAUAUAUAAAAAUAGUAUAGAUAAAUAAAUGCAUGCAUGAAAA